UUCACUUUAAUAAAAUGAUUAACCUUUCUGAAUUGAAGACGGUUGGUAGAAGAGCCAUACGCAAACUUACUACUAAAGAUGGUCUAAUUGGUGAUUAUGACUAUGGCUACCUUUUCCUUCCAGAGAAUCCAUUUAGUAAGAAAAUUUCCAAGACCCAACCAUUUUUUGGCUUGACUUCAGAGAUUCCUUUCCUUUUAUCACUUGUAUUAGGUUUACAACAUGCUUUGGCGUUACUUGCCGGUGUUACUACUCCACCAAUUAUUAUUUCUGGAGUUGCUAAUUUAGAUACUGCAACCCAAGAAUAUUUAGUUUCUGCUGCUUUGAUUAGUUCUGGUAUUUUAUCAUGUAUUCAAAUCACUCGUUUUCAUAUUUAUAAAACUCCUUAUUAUCUUGGUACUGGUUUACUUUCAAUGGUUGGGGUUUCUUUCAGUCAAAUUGCAAUUGUCAACAAUGCUAUUCCCAUGAUGUAUUCAAGCGGAAUUUGUAAAACUGUUGAUGGUGUUAAACAAGCUUGUCCCGAUGCUUAUGGUCAUUUGAUUGCUACUGGGUGUGUUUGUUCAUUGAUUGAAAUCUUAUUAUCUUUUAUUCCUCCUAAAACUUUACAGAAGAUUUUCCCUCCAAUUGUUACUGGUCCGGUUGUUAUGUUAAUUGGGAUUUCAUUAAUUCAAUCUGGGUUUGAAGAUUGGGUUGGUGGCUCAGGUUGUGUUGGCGAAACUUGUGGUACUGCUAAACCUUUACCAUGGGGGUCUGCAGAAUUUGUUGGUUUAGGUUUUUUGGUUUAUGUAACUAUUAUUUUAUCAGAAAGAUUUGGUUCUCCAAUUAUGAAAUCUUGUGCAGUUAUUGUUGGUUUAUUGGUUGGUUGUAUCGUGGCUGCUGCUUGUGGUUACUUCUCUCCUGAUAAUAUUAAAGCUGCUCCAGUAGCUACUUUCCUUUGGGUUAAAACUUUUAGAUUAAGAAUUUAUGCCCCAGCCGUUUUACCUUAUUUAGCAGUUUAUUUAGUGAUGAUGAUGGAAGCAAUUGGUGAUAUUACUGCUACUUCCGAUGUUUCAAGAUUAGAAGUUGAAGGUCCUUUGUAUGAAUCUAGAAUUCAAGGUGGGGUCUUGGCUGAUGGUCUUAAUGGUUGUCUUUCAACUUUAAUGACUAUUGGUCCAGUUUCAACUUUUGCUCAAAAUAAUGGGGUUAUUUCAAUCACUAAAUGUGCUAAUAGAAAAGUUGGUUAUUACGCUGCAUUUUUCAUGAUUAUUAUGGGUCUUUUCGCUCGUUUUGCUGCUGCAAUUGUUUCAAUUCCAAAAUCAGUCUUGGGUGGUAUGACUUCAUUUUUAUUUUGUUCAGUUGCAGUCUCGGGUAUGAAGAUUAUUGCUAGUACUGAAUUCACCAGAAGAGACCGUUUUGUUUUAUCGGCUUCGUUAUUACCUGGUUUAGGGGCCAUUUUAGUCAGUAACUGGUUUGAUGGGGUCUUUACCUAUAAAGGUAGCAAUACCUCUUUAAAAGGUUUCUUUGAUGCAAUUGUUUUGGUUAUGGAAAGUGGGUUUGCAGUAACGGGUUUCAUUGGAGUCAUUUUAAAUCUUAUCUUACCUCAAGUAGAAGACGAAACUGAAGAAAUUAACGAAGUUGUUUUAGAAACUGUGGGUUCUGCAGACCAAAGAGCAAUGGAGUUAUACGCUACUAAAGAAGAUCAAAAAUUCCUGGCUAGAUCCAAUGUUCAAGAUCUUUCAUCCUCAUCCCGUGAUCGUUAGUCUUCUAAUCAAUAUUAAGAUUCAUUAUCAAUCGUUCAUAUAUUCGUUAUCAAUCAUUCAUAUAUUCUACAAAUCUAUUCAUUUCUUCGAUUUUUUCCAUUGUCCCAAUUCUCGUUCACUUCUACAGCUAGCUCAUUCUGAUGUAUCCACUAUGUAUAUACUUUAAUUUAUAUCGAUGUAUCCAUAUUGUAUGACGAUUGGCUACAAUUCUUCCGGUGAUAGUAAACUGUCAAGUCUCGGAGUGCCGGCAAUAGUCAUCCAGAUCUCCGAAAAAUUGACUCGUUUCUCCAGAGCUGUUAACCCCAGAAUCACCCUUACUCCUACGCCCAUCAGAGUCUACAAUCUCUGGAUAAAUAGAUAAAUAUAAAGACAUACCAUCUUAAC